AAUCAAACUAAAACCAACCAACUGAUUACAUCUCAAUUCUUAUCAUAAUAGCUUUCAAUUCAAACUAAUCAUCAGCUUUACUAUCUCAAUCAUGAACCCAGAGUACGAUUUCUUGUUCCAACUUUUGUUAAUUGGUGACUCUGGAGUAGGAAAAUCCUGUCUUCUCUUGAGAUUCGCUGAUGAUACAUACACUGAGAGUUACAUCUCUACUAUCGGAGUCGAUUUCAAGAUUCGUACAAUCGAGUUAGAAGGCAAGGUUGUCAAACUACAGAUCUGGGAUACUGCAGGUCAAGAACGAUUCCGAACGAUCACUUCAUCUUACUAUCGAGGUGCCCAUGGUAUCAUUGUAGUCUAUGAUGUUACUGAUCAAGAUACCUUUACGAAUGUAAAACAAUGGUUACAAGAAAUCGAUCGAUAUGCUUGUGAAGGUGUUAACAAAUUAUUAGUAGGAAACAAGAGUGAUUUAACUCAAAAGAAAGUCGUUGAAUAUACAGUUGCAAAGGAUUUUGCAGAUCAAUUAUCAAUUCCUUUCCUUGAAACUUCUGCUAAGAAUUCAACUAAUGUUGAACAAGCAUUCUUGACGAUGGCCAAACAAAUCAAAGAUCGAACUGGGUCUGCACCUGUCAAUGCUACAUCUAACAAAGCUACAUUGAAAGUAGGAUCUAGUCAGAACGUUCAACAACCACAAUCUAGUGGUUGUUGUUAAAGUUAAGACGUAAUCACUUUUAUUUGGGAAUUAAGAUGAUGAUUGGAUUUGUUCUGUGUUUGUUUGUUUUUGAAAAUCGGGCGAAAGGAUUCAAUUGUUGAAUUUUUAUAUUUUCUUUUUGUUGAGUUUGACCUAGGUAUAAUUGAUGUUUCAAAUCCACUUUCUACUUUUUUUCUUUUUCUUUUUUUCCUUUUUCCUUCUUCUUCUUUGUUUUGAUGUAUCAAUCCUAGAAGUCUACUUCUACAAACUUCUUUUGUUUUCUUUUUUUUUCAUGAUGAUUGUUGAUCUUUUUUUUCUUUUUCUUUUCAGUGUGUUGAGUUGAUAAGAAUGAUUUCUAACUUUUUGAGGGAAAAAACGUAUUUCAAAU